AUGAAGAUGCCCAUGAAUGGAGGCGAAGGCUCCCGGCAUGUCGGGUUUGCUCCGGAGCCAGUCUAUUCCAGACUGCCACGGGUGGACGAGGAGUACGUUAUGGAGCACUUCCAUAAGCACGCUAAACAUUGUGACGACUGCCAUGACCCCUAUAAGACUUACAAGAAGGGCGGUACGCUGUGUGAUCAAGGACACAGGCUUGCCCAGGAUGUUGCGGGCUACAUGUACUCAAAGGGUGGAAAAGCAUAUUCGAUGCUGGAUCGGGAAAGUCUCAAGCAAAGAGUGCAGGUCGAGAUACCCCCGCACUGCGAUAAAGUUCGCGGCCUUCUACAAGCUGUAGAUCACGGUCUACGAGUGCAGAAACCAGGAGCACUCAAGUCACAGGAUAAGAACUACUACGUGCCGACCAGACCGGAUAGGCGAAGCUAUCAUGAUGAUCGUCAUGGAGGUGCAGUCAAGGAACCCAGGAGACGUCACGAGGAGGAACGUCGAUACCAUGAUGACCGUAGAUAUCGAUCCGACCCAAAUUACCAGCGUGCAGAGAGACAUCGUUAUCCAGAGAAGCGGCAGAGUAUGCCCUCCCACUAUGCGCCUUAUGGAAGCGUCUGGGAGACGGAUCCGGUAGAGAGGAAGUACCAGCAGUCCUACUAUGACGGCAACCCCGUCUACUACUAUAAACCUUCGAGGGGCGGAAAAGAGAGAAGAAUCCCUCGGAGCGAAUCACCAAAAUGUGAGUCGACUAGACGAAGACUACCAGAGGACUACCGCUCAUCUAGAUAUGGAAUUCCCUCAAGCCAUCGCUCAUCGAGGUAUGAUUAUUCAGAUAGCUCCCGUCCAUCGAGAUACAACUCACCAGAUGUUUAUCGUUCAUCAAGAUACGAAUCCCCAGAUAGCUAUCGCUCAUCGAGACAUGGGUCACCUAAGAGCUAUCAGUCAUCUUGGAAGACAUCGCCCGAAAGGUACUCGUCGAGAAGAAGCUCCUGGUCCCCUGAGCGGUUAUAUCGAGAGCUUUUUCGAUGA